AUGUACCUAAAUGGUGUAAGCAUUGUAUCUCAAAGUCAAAUUGUUUCCUUAGCCGUUCUGUCAGUUGCUGCAGUUAAAAUACCGAUUGAAAAUACAGAUAAUACCCCAAAAAGUUCAGACUCGGCACCAUUACGUGAAGUACCAAUAAUUGAAGAGCAACCUCAAGUACAACCUAUAUAUUAUGCUACUGAUGAAGUGAAUGUUGAUAGUUACUUAGUCCCACCAAAUCCUCAUACGCCUGAAGAAACCUUGCAUGAUGUGUUGGUUACACCAGCUACUUAUUUGCUGCCACCUGCUAUAAACACGCAGAAUGAAUAUUAUUAUAAGCCGACAGAGUCUGGAGAACAGUCUGACUGGUAUCCAAUAUCUGCAGCACCACAAAAACAAAUUGAAGUUAUACCGAUAAUUCAAAAUGAACGGCAAGAAUCCCAAAUAGUCAAUGGAAAUUAUAGAACUGGUAAAGUACUACAGAGCAAAGAAGUACCAGUGCCUUCCAGGGAUCUUUUACCACCACGUGAAGACGCCCCUAAUGAUUUUUUAAUAUUAUCUCCAUCUGUUGAGUUAGAAUUGCCUUCCGAGGAAAUAGAUCAUACUUUAAUGAAUUAUGAGAAUACAGAUAAUCCAACACUUGUUUCACGACCUAUUUAUGAGAAACAGUAUCCACGAAAAUUACGAAUAAAACCAAAUAUUCCAGUUCCAUAUAUUACUCCUCCUAAAGAGAUGCUACUUACAUAUAAAAAUCCCACAUUAUUGUAUCCCAAAAAAUUUCAUGGCGAAUUCAGACCUGUACCUAUACCGAUAUCGCAGAUUAACGAAGGUGAUGAAGCGCCAAUUGUCAAAGGACCAAAGCCAUUAAAACCAGUAUCAAAUAACGAUAAUGAAUAUUCAGUACCUGUUGAUGAAAAAAAGAAAUACUUGUUCGAGAAAGCUGAGAGAAAGCGUAAAUUAAAGGAACAAUAUGAAGCUGCACAGUUAGCCGCAACAACUGGUGAUCCUAACAAAGAAAAACCUUUAGAACAGGAAACAUCUGAAACUCAUUAUAGAGAACCUGGACGCGAUGCAUAUCCACCAAAAAGAGCGCCUCUUGCACCUUUGAAGCAGCCAGUAAUCAAAUCGAACGGUGAACGUACCGAAUUUCGAAUGCACGGGAUGAAAGGCCCGCAUAGUUAUCAAUUUGGUUACGAUACUGGAAAAGGUAAGAACCGUCAGUUCCGAUACGAGGAGCGCGACAAUGAUGGGCAUGUACGAGGUCAUUACGGAUACGUGGAUAAGUUUGGGAAACUUCGCGUAGUUAAUUACGACGCCGACCCGGAACACGGAUUUCGAGCUGAAACACCCGCGGAGAAGGAA